AUGCGUGUGCUCUCCAUCCUCACCGCAGUCGCUUCGGCGGCCGCCCUUGUGGUUGGCAACCCUGUAGCCCGCCAAACUCCCAGCUUUGCCGGAUACCUCAUCUCGACCUUCAGCGACGCGAACCCGAAAGUCCAAUUCCACCUGUCAAACGGCAACAGCGCUUCGAGCUUCAAGUUCCUGAACAAGGGCCAGCCGGUCCUCACGUCGAACGUCGGCACCAAGGCCGUCCGCGAUGUUUUCUUGACGACCAACCCUUCGCGGUCCGAGUGGUACAUCAUCGCCACGGAUCUCGAUAUCAACGCGGCAGGCUUCAACUGGGACAAGGCCACCAGGACCGGCAGCCGGGGCAUCGUGGUUUGGAAGUCGACCAACUUGGUAGACUGGUCUGCCCCUUCAUUGAGAGUCGUCGAGGCGGACACUGCCGGCAUGGUCUGGGCCCCCUCCGCAGUCUGGGAUGAUGCCAAGGGCCACUGGUACGUCUUCUGGGCCUCUCGACACUACCGGUCCACCGACACGGCUCACACCGGGACCGCGACGCUCGACCGGAUCCGCUACACGGCGACCAAGGACUUCGUCACCUUCAGCCCUGCCCGGGACUACGUUGCCCUCGCCGACACCCCGCUCAUCGACCAGGAGUUCCAGUACCUCGGCACGCCCGGGGCGUACGCUCGCUUCCUCAAGAACGAGACGACCAACCAGGUCUACCAAGAGGUCACCUCCAACGGCAUCUUUGGCACGUGGAGACGCAUCCCCGGGUACGUCAGGAGCGAAAGCCCCCGCGAGGGACCCGCCUCGUUUGCCGAUAACACGACGCCCGGCCUGUACCACCUCCUGCUCGACGACUACACGCAGUACGUGCCUUUCCAGACGAACAACAUUCAGUCGCCGAGCUGGCAGGGCUCGAGCACUUCCGGGUUUCCCAGGGGGUUGAAGCAUGGCUCCGUCACGCCCUUGACGCAGGCUGAGUGGAAUGCUUUGAACUCCAGGUUCCCGGCGUAA